AUGUCGGCGGCGAUUGAGCGGCUCAAAGAUGAGGGCACGAGGCAGCAAGUCAUAGUAGCUGGCGGUGUAGCAGGACUCGUGUCUCGGUUCUGCAUUGCACCUCUUGACGUUGUCAAGAUCAGACUCCAGCUCCAGCCACACUCGUUGUCGGAUCCCUUGUCGUGUGACGGCAUCAAGGGCCCCAUCUACAAAGGCGUCUUCUCGACUCUACGAGCGAUUGCUCGUCAGGAGGGCAUCCCAGCGCUGUGGAAAGGCAAUAUCCCCGCCGAAUUGAUGUACGUGUGCUAUGGCGGCAUCCAGUUCGUCGCGUACCGGUCAAUCACGCAAGCCCAGAGUUAUCUACCGACACGUCCACCUCCCUCGGUCGAAUCCUUUCUCAGCGGUGCAGGGGCGGGUGCAGCUGCGACUACAGUGACAUACCCUCUCGAUCUACUCCGGACUAGGUUCGCCGCACAGGGAUCAGACCGGAUUUACAAAGGCCUCUUUGGCGCCGUGCUCGACAUCAACCGCCAUGAAGGACCCAUGGGAUUUUUCAGAGGUGUUAGCGCCGCCGUCGGUCAAAUUGUGCCGUACAUGGGUCUGUUCUUCAUGAGCUAUGAGACCCUGCACCAGUACAUGGGCGGAAAGACACUGCCUUUCGGAUCUGGAGACGCCACGGCCGGCGUAUUCGCCAGCGUGUUCGCGAAGACUGCUGUGUUCCCCCUUGAUCUGGUCAGAAAGAGGCUCCAGGUACAAGGUCCGACGCGGACGAGGUACAUACACACCAAUAUCCCCGAGUACCGCGGCGUCAUUCGUGGCCUGGCAAUGAUAUGGCGACGAGAGGGAUACCGUGGCUGGUACCGUGGGUUGACAGUCAGCCUGCUCAAGGCCGCUCCCGCGUCAGCUGUCACAAUGUGGACGUACGAGCGAGUUCUCCAUGCGCUGAUUAAUACCGAUCACGACGAUGAACUGUGGGAGAUUUACAACCCUUACGACGAUGAUGAUUAUGAUGACUGA